AUGAACGAGACGACGGUCUCCCAGAUGGAGCAGUUUGAGACCUCUAUCAAAGCCCUGCUGUCCUUCCUGCCCUGUGUCUUCUUCCUGUACGUUAACGGGGUCAUGGUCUUCACUUUGCUGAAGCGUCCCGUCUUCCUGGACUCCCCUCGGUACGUCCUGUUUGGCCACCUGCUCCUGACCGACUCGGUCCUGCUGCUGCUGACCGUGCUGCUGUACGUCUUGUACCUGGCCAUGGUCCGGAUGGUCGGCUACCUGUGCAUCGUCAUCUCCGAGCUGGCGGCCAUCACGGUCAAGAUAUCGCCGCUCAACCUGGCCGUGAUGUCCGUGGAGAGGUACGUGGCCAUCUGCUUCCCGCUGAGGCACGCGGCCGUCGCCACGUCCAGGGCGGCCGGCGUGGCCAUCGCCGCCAUGUGGGUCGUGGCCUCUCUGGACUCCCUCACGCAGGUUUUUCUGCUGGUCCGGCUGGAUAAGGCCGGCUUCACCGUGAACACCUUCUGCCAAAAGAGCCUGAUCUUCCAUCAGGAGAUCUUCGAGUCGUUGACCAGGACCUUCAACAUAGUCAAUUUCGUAUUGGUGAGUUUGGUUAUCAUCUACACGUACGUUGCGAUAGUCAUCACCGUGCGUUCGGCCUCUUCUUAUAUUCACAACGGCAGCAAGGCGCAAAAGACCGUGUUGCUACAUCUGCUCCAGCUGUGCCUGUGCCUCCUGUCCACUCUGUUCAGCAUGAUCAACUCCAGCAAAAUGCUGACCCUACAUCCCGUCGUAGCCUCCCACAUCAGGUACGUUCUCUUCCUGGUUCUGAUCGUCCUCCCCAAGUGUCUGAGUCCGGUGAUAUACGGCCUCAGGGACCAAACCUUCAGCCGGGUUUUCAAAUAUUAUUUCACGUUCGGAUUUAGAUACACCGUCAAGCCGUUUCCGGGCUCGUGA